AAAGAAAAGCAUAAGUCCCUUCUUAAUUGAACAGCAAAAAAAAAAAAAUAGAAGGAGAAAAUGAAAUCUUCAGGUAGAAAAGCUCUCCAGCCCAGAAACAUCUUCAACAAUGCCCCAGCAGCAGCAGCAGAUACUCAACUUGAGCUGAAAAAGGCCAAAGCUCCUACUCCUACUCAACCUCAUGAUGAUGCCAUUGCCAAGGAGAAUCAUCUUCUUCUUCAAGUUCCAGUUGUUGAAGGGAUGGACGCUUCUCUAGCUGAGGAGCUGAGUGCAUUCAAGAAGAAACUGGAGAGGAUGAGAGAGGAUCGGGAGAGGACAGAGAAACUGCUGGAGGAGAGAGACAAGGACAUGGAUCUGAAGAUGAGCCAGCUGCUCCAAAGAGGAGAGAUCCAGAAAAGCCUUGAAAUCCAGGUGGAUCGUCUCUUUAGAUUGAAGGAGCUCCACGCUUAUUCCUCUAAAAUAUUGCCAGUACCAUCUCUGAGAGAGAAAGAGGAGGAGAAGAGGAAAAGCUUCAGCUUCGUAAUCAUUCCCCCUUCACCCAUCCAUUCUUCUUCUUCUUCUAACUUCCCGUUUCAGCCCCAACAUUUUAGGGAGGAGCAGAAUCCACAGGAUGUUGAAGCUUAUGCUGAAGGUAGCAAGAUGGAGGGAACUGACUAAAAAGCCUUGCCCAGUUAAUGUUCCUUUUUGUACACGAACUGUUUUAUCUAUUGCUUUUAAGUACGAAGAGAGGGGUUUUGCAGGGAUCUUGAUUAUAUUUUGUUGUGAACUACAAGUAAUGAUGAUAGUGUCUUGUACAAGCGAAGACACUUUGUUUUUUCUGUCUGUUUUGCCUAAGGAAGGAGCAUUACUCUUUU